UCCUCGUAUAAUGGAGGAGGGAUGAACGGCUCGAGCACGAUGAUGGAUUUCCUGGAGGAGCCUCUCCCUGGUGUGGGCACCUACGAAGAUUUCAACACCAUUGACUGGGUGCGAGAGAAGUCCAGGGACCGGGACAGGCACAGAGAGAUCACCAGCAGAAGUAAAGAGUCCACGUGGGCACUGAUCCACAGCGUCAGCGAUGCCUUUUCCGGCUGGCUCCUGAUGCUUCUCAUCGGGCUCUUGGCAGGGUCAUUAGCGGGGCUGAUCGACAUCUCGGCGCACUGGAUGACAGAUCUGAAGGAAGGGGUGUGCUUGAUCGGCUUCUGGUUCAACCACGAGCACUGCUGCUGGAAAUCCAACACCAACUUCGAGGACAGAGACCAGUGUCCCGAGUGGCAGAGCUGGUCCCAGCUGCUCCUGGGCCACGGCGAGGGGGCUUUUGCCUAUAUUCUCAACUACUUCAUGUACGUUCUCUGGGCCUUGUUGUUCUCCCUCCUCGCCGUGUUGCUUGUGAAGGGGUUCGCUCCUUACGCCUGCGGCUCGGGGAUCCCAGAGAUCAAAACUAUCUUAAGUGGUUUCAUCAUUAGAGGCUACCUGGGCAAGUGGACGCUGAUCGUCAAAACCAUCACCUUAGUGCUGGCUGUGUCCUCUGGGCUGAGCCUGGGCAAGGAGGGGCCCCUGGUGCACGUCGCCUGCUGCUGCGGGAACAUCUUGUGCCACCUCUUCACCAAGUACAGGAAGAACGAAGCCAAGCGCAGAGAGGUGUUAUCGGCAGCGGCAGCUGCUGGUGUGUCUGUAGCCUUUGGUGCGCCCAUCGGAGGAGUGCUCUUCAGCCUGGAAGAGGUCAGUUACUACUUCCCUCUCAAGACGCUGUGGCGCUCCUUCUUUGCCGCUCUGGUCGCCGCCUUCACCCUGCGCUCCAUCAACCCUUUUGGGAACAGCCGCCUGGUUCUCUUCUACGUGGAGUUUCACAUGCCCUGGCACCUCCUGGAGCUUGUGCCCUUCAUCCUUUUGGGGAUCUUUGGUGGGCUCUGGGGAGCUUUCUUCAUCCGCAGCAACAUUGCCUGGUGCCGGCGGCGCAAGACGACCAAGCUUGGUAAAUACCCGGUGCUGGAGGUGUUUGUGGUGACUGCCAUCACGGCCAUCCUGGCCUUCCCCAACGAGUACACCAGGAUGAGCACCAGCGAGCUGAUCUCGGAGCUCUUCAACGACUGCGGGAUUUUGGACUCUUCCAAGCUCUGCGAGUACGUGAACGACUUCAACAGCACCAAAGGGGACGACCUGCCGGACCGAGCGGCCGGCCCAGGCGUUUACACGGCCAUGUGGCAGCUGGCUUUGGCCCUGGUCAUGAAGCUCUUCAUCACCAUCUUCACCUUUGGCAUGAAGGUGCCCUCGGGUCUGUUCAUCCCCAGCAUGGCGGUGGGCGCCAUCGCGGGCCGCCUGCUCGGUGUGGCGAUGGAGCAGCUGGCCUUCUACCACCACGACUGGGCCAUCUUCAGCGGCUGGUGCAGCCAGGGCGCCGACUGCAUCACGCCCGGCCUCUACGCCAUGGUGGGGGCCGCAGCCUGUCUGGGCGGCGUGACCCGCAUGACGGUGUCGCUGGUGGUCAUCAUGUUCGAGCUGACGGGGGGCCUGGAGUACAUCGUUCCUCUGAUGGCCGCCGCUAUGACCAGCAAGUGGGUGGCCGACGCCAUCGGGCGGGAGGGCAUCUACGACGCCCACAUCCGCCUCAACGGGUACCCCUUCCUGGAGGCCAAGGAGGAGUUCUCGCACAAGACGCUCGCCAUGGACGUCAUGAGGCCGCGGAGGAGUGACCCCCCGCUGACCGUCAUCACGCAGGACAGCAUGACCGUGGAGGACGUUGAGGCCGUGGUCAAUGAGACCACGUACAGCGGCUACCCCGUGAUGGUGUCGCGCGAGUCCCAGAGGCUCGUCGGGUUUGUGCUCAGGAGAGACCUCGUCAUCUCAAUCGAAAACGCCCGGAAGAAGCAGGACGGCAUCGUGAGCACUUCGGUCAUUUACUUCACCGACCACGCGCCCCCGCUGCCCCCGAGCUCCCCCUCCAUGCUGAAGCUGCGGAGCAUCCUGGACCUCAGUCCCUUCACGGUCACCGACCAAACGCCCAUGGAGAUCGUGGUGGACAUCUUCCGCAAGCUGGGGCUCCGCCAGUGCCUGGUCACUCACAACGGGAAGCUGCUGGGGAUCAUCACCAAGAAGGACGUACUGAAGCACAUUGCACAGCUGGCAAACCAGGACCCGGACUCCAUUCUCUUCAAUUAA